GGUACUGACCACUGAUUCCUCAUAGGAUGGAGGAGGGGAUUCCUCAACUAAUAAGAGUUAAUUUCCGGAUUUGAUCAGAAGGUUUUUUAUGGCACUCCAGCACACCUGUUGUACCCGUGUCCUUGACCUCUGCUGCAGAUGGAGUGUAGGGACGUCUCAUUCCUGGUUUUGUGUAUUUUGCCUCGCCGCCGCUCUCCACAAUGGAGAGGAACUUAACUCAUAUGAAGUGCAAUAGUCCUUGACCUAACUGGACAUCAAGACCGAUCAUCAAGACAUUUUUCUUUGCUAACGAACUGACCAAUAUGAUGAUCUGGGUCAUCCUGGUGCUGCCCUUGUGGGCAUGGUGUGGGACUGUUGGCGAUGCCCAGUCUAAUGAGCGGCGAGUCGUGGCACAUAUACCGGGUGACAUCAUCAUAGGAGCCCUGUUCUCUGUCCAUCACCAGCCGACUGCUGACAAGGUUCACGAGCGGAAGUGUGGUUCGGUGCGCGAGCAGUACGGCAUUCAGCGCGUGGAGGCCAUGAUGCACACCCUGGACCGCAUCAACGCCGACCCCCGGAUACUCCCCAACAUCAGCCUUGGCUGCGAGAUCAGGGACUCCUGCUGGCACUCCGCCGUGGCCCUGGAGCAGAGCAUUGAGUUCAUAAGGGACUCCCUGGUGUCCUCCGACGAGGCCGACUUAGGAGGGGGCGGUGUCUGGGGGGGGGGCGGUGGAGGAGCCGACGGGAGAGGAGGGCCGAGGUGCGCAGACCCCGCUGCCACCCCCAUGCGGGGGAAGAAGCCCAUCGUCGGGCUUAUCGGACCCGGGUCCAGCUCGGUGGCCAUCCAGGUCCAGAACCUUCUACAGCUGUUCAACAUACCUCAGAUCGCCUACUCUGCCACCAGCAUGGACCUCAGCGACAAGAGCCUUUAUAAGUACUUCAUGAGGGUGGUGCCGUCAGAUGCUCAGCAAGCCAGAGCCAUGGUGGACAUCGUCAAGAGGUACAACUGGAGUUACGUAUCUGCCAUACACACUGAGGGCAACUACGGGGAGAGCGGGAUGGAGGCGUUCAAGGAUAUGGCCGCCAAGGAGGGCAUCUGCAUCGCCCACUCUGGUAAGAUAUGGAGUAAUGCAGGGGAACAAAGUUUUGAUAGGCUGCUGGAGCGUCUUCGAGCCCACCUGCCCAAAGCCAGGGUGGUGGCCUGCUUCUGUGAGGGCAUGACCGUCAGGAACAUUCUCAUGGCCAUGAGACGACAGGGACUAGUGGGGGAGUUCCUGCUGGUCGGCAGCGACGGCUGGGCGAACAGGUACGAUGUGACCGACGGAUACGUGCGCGAAGCGGCAGGGGGGAUCACUAUCAAGCUGCAGUCAGCUAUAGUGAAGUGGUUCGACGAGUACUACCUGAAGCUGCGUCCGGAGAACAACCUGAGGAACCCCUGGUUCCCCGAGUUCUGGCAGCACCGUUUCCACUGCAGGCUGAAGGGACACCCGCAGGAGAGCCCCAAGUACAACCGCACCUGCAACAAGCGGGAGUCAUUGUUGCAGCAGUAUGCCCAGGACACUAAGAUGGGCUUUGUGAUUAAUGCCAUCUACUCCAUGGCUUAUGGGCUCCAUAAUAUGCAGCGCUCACUCUGCCCAGGUUACCAGGGUCUAUGUGAUGCCAUGAGGCCUAUUGAUGGCGCCACGCUGCUGGACUUCCUGAUGAAGACCAACUUCACUGGAGUGUCAGGAGAAGGCAUCCUGUUCGACGAGAACGGAGACUCACCUGGCCGGUAUGAAAUCAUGAACUUCAAGAAGGUGGGUAAGAACACCUAUGACUACAUCAACGUAGGGAGCUGGGACAACAGAGGGCUGAAGAUCAAUGACGAAGAGAUCUGGGCCAGCAAGGACACCAUCAUCAAAUCUGUCUGCAGCGAACCUUGUGCCAAGGGACAGAUUAAGGUAAUUCGUAAAGGGGAGGUAAGCUGUUGUUGGACCUGCACUCCCUGUAAGGAGAACGAGUUUGUUUUUGAUGAGUACACCUGCCGGGCCUGUGAUCUGGGCUCAUGGCCCACUUUUGACCUCACAGGGUGUGACCCUAUUCCGGUGGAGUACCUACGUUGGGGGGACCCCGAGCCCAUCGCAGCCGUGGUCUUCGCUUGUCUGGGACUCUGCGCAACUUUCUUUGUCACCGGUGUCUUCAUCAGGUUCCGGGACACGCCGGUGGUGAAGUCGUCUAGCCGGGAGCUGUGUUACAUCAUCUUGGCUGGGAUUUGUCUGGGCUAUCUGUGUACCUUCAGCCUGAUCGCUAAGCCUCAUGCGGUACACUGCUACCUACAGAGACUGGGAAUAGGACUUUCCCCCGCCAUGUCCUACUCAGCACUGGUCACUAAGACUAACCGUAUAGCUCGUAUCCUGGCGGGCAGUAAGAAGAAGAUCUGCACUAAGAAGCCUCGGUUCAUGUCAGCCUGUGCCCAGCUCAUCAUCGCCUCACUGCUCAUCUUGCUGCAGCUUGGCAUCAUAGUGGCUCUAUUCCUAAUGGAGCCUCCACAGGUAAUCCACGACUACCCAAGCAUCAGGCAGGUCAACCUCAUCUGCUACACAACCAACGUCGGUGUGGUGGCCCCGCUAGGCUACAACGGCCUGCUAAUCCUGAGCUGCACCUUCUACGCCUUCAAGACACGCAACGUCCCGGCCAACUUCAACGAGGCCAAGUACAUCGCCUUCACCAUGUACACCACGUGCAUCAUCUGGCUGGCCUUCGUGCCCAUUUACUUCGGCUCCAACUACAAGAUCAUCACCAUGUGCUUCAGCGUCAGCCUCAGUGCCACCGUGGCACUCUGCUGCAUGUUUGUACCCAAGGUGUACAUCAUUCUGGCCAAGCCGGAGCGUAACGUGCGCAGUGCCUUCACUACGAGCACAGUGGUGCGCAUGCAUGUCGGCGACGGGAAGUCCUCCUCAGCCGCCAGCCGCUCCUCUAGCCUUGUCAACCUCUGGAGGCGACGGGGCUCCGCAGGGGAGACUCUCAGCUCCAAUGGGAAGUCCGUAUCAUGGGCCCAGACAGAGCGGGGUUCCCGUGGUAACCACCUGUGGCAGCGCUUGUCGUUCCACAUCAAACGGAAGGAGAACAAUCAGACAGCAGUCAUUAAGCCCUUCUCCAAGACCCCCGAGGGGCGCUAUUGCGGGGGCGCCGACCUGCCCCCCCACAUGCCCUUACCCUCACUCCCGCACCCCCACCCGCACCACGAGGUGGACAAGAACCUGUACGAGCUCACGGAGACUGAGGAGAGGUACCCGGAGGAGCGAUACCCAAUCAGCUACCGGCCCCAGACCCCUUCACCAAUCAGCACAGUCAGCCAGCGCAUGCAGGGGGCGGGACUCGGGGAGGAGCCACUUGUGAUGGGUGUGCCGACCUACCUGACCAGGGGCUCAGUGGGAGGAGGCGAAGUGUGUGACAGCUCCCUGAUGGAUCAGAUUAGCUGCGUGGUUAACCGUUUCACGGCCAACAUCAGUGAGCUCAACAGCAUGAUGCUGUUGCCGUCCCCGACGCACACACAUGCGCACAAGCACACCCUAGCCCCCUCGCACACGGACGACCCCUUCCUCCUGCCCCGGGACGGGCACCCCCCACCCACCCUGACCACCUACGCUGAUGUCCAGCCCCUCCCCCCUGUGGAAUCCAACAUCGGGGGUCACGGCUGCCUCGCUCACCCGCUGCCCCACCCGCCUCACCCCCUCCCUAACCCCCAGGCCUCCCCAUCCCCGGUGAGACACGUCAGUGUGGGGGCGGAGUCCCCUCUGAGGAGGGUGGACCUGGAGGAGGAGCUCAUGAAUCUGACCCCGCCCUCACCCUUCCGUGAUUCGCUGGGGUCGGGCAGCGGCUCCCCGGUCUUGGAACCCAUCUCGCUUCUGCCACCGCCCUCGUCCCCUCCGCCCAAAUACGAAAUCCUGACCCUGAGGAACUACAGCCAGAGCUCUUCCUCGCUGUAAGAAAGUGUUGAGAAGGAGAAGAAGAUGAAGGAUGGAGAAGGAGAGCGUCGAGAUGAUAGCGAUGGCUGCCUUGUGAUGACGGAGGAGAUUGACCAGUCCCUAAGAGAGGUCAGAACCCAGGAGGUCGGACAUAGCAGUGUGAUGUCAUUAGGUGCCGACUUACUUCCAGAUAUGUUUACAUGUGUUCAGUGAGGAGUGAGGUAUACUGUGGGGAUUGUAGUUUUUCAAGUUCUCCAUACAGAGAACAAGGACUGGAAAACCACUUCUAGCGCUCCUAGCGCUUUAGCGCAUGGCUGAGAAAUCUGUCCUUUUUUUUUUCUUAAAUGGCUGUCAACUAAUUAGAGAUUCUACUGCGUGUCGCAUUGAGGUAGACACAAACACACAGGCAUCGACCAGUGUCUAGACCUUCUAACCUCACACCACUGACAAGCUGCUGCCAUGGAUACCUGUGGAAUUAACAUAAGGGCUGGGCAGAGCAGCUAUGGCCGCUGGUACAUACACUCAAAUACGCUCACACACGCACAUUCAUACACACACACACACACAUAUUGGUUUUUGGAGAGUGUAAAUAGAACAAUUUGGGUGGCAUCAAUUUAUUUGAUGCUUCUGCAGUGCAUUGUUUAUACAGCACAUACCAUGUAGGAUGUAGUACUGAAUACUAUAGUCAUAGUAUUGUCUCUUUACUACACUCCAUUUCAUUUCUUUCUUUCUAUCCAUGUGUGUUACUUUGAUCUUUGAGGUCUUUUGGAAUAUUGUUUUCUUCAGAUGUUUGAAUGUAUAUUUUUUUACAUGAUUCCUAAAGCAUUGGGACCAAACAUUUCGUACCUCUGUAUCUUGUGAUUCUGAGGAGGCAUUCUAGAAAAAGAACCAUUGUUGACCACUUACAUAGUAGUCGGUUAUGCGCUAGCAAACUGUCCGGGUUCAAGUAGUUAAAUCAACCAUGGUGAACUUGGCACCUGAGGUGGUACUUGCAUAUCAUGGAUACAUUGAUGUCAAGCUCAGACAGUUGUUGACAUCUCGUUUUCUUCUCCUGUCAGAAGGGCUUGUAGAUGUUUUAGUACACUGAUCUAGUGCUGUUCAUCUUCUCUGGCCCUGAAGUUAAGAGGGCCAGAACAAGAGAGGAAGGAAACAGGAGUAUGUAAGAAACCGAUCAACUUUUGACAGUGGAGUGUGCGUACUGCUGUCCAAUUCCCCAGGUGCCAGUAAAGAGAACACCUUCGCUCACACAGUGAAUCUGUACAUAAAAAGGGCAUGCGAAGACUGGUGUGAAAAUUAUUUAAUUUACAUAUCAGAAAUGUAGAAAAAGAAAAAAAUAAUAAGAAAAAAAAAGAUAUUUCACAAGAAAUGUUUUUAAAUGAUGAUUGUUAUGUCCUAUACAGUACCUAUAUGUACAAAAACAUGUUACACUAAAUGUGAGAGUGAUGGUUCCUAUUCAAAUGUCUACAAAUUACAUGAAAAAAUUUACAAAAACAACAACAUAUAAAGUAAUAUAAUUAUCGUGCCAAAUGGUCAGGUCUUGGGUGGGAGGGUAGCUUGUAGGGAAGUAAGUGGUUUCGUAAAAAUUACAAGUGAACUGUUUUUAUUGUUUUGGAUAUUUUCUAUAUAAAUAUUCCAGAUUUUCAAAUGUAAAGCAAUACUACUCAUACAUGUACAUGAUGUACAUCUGGAGUGCCAGUCCGGUUUAACGUUCUAAUCUGUAGAAUCUAGUAUGCCCAUCUCUAUCAAACGUGUACACACCCCUUUACCUAUAAACUGAAGCCUCUUCCCAUCGCAGUGCUACUGAAUAAUGACAUAUAAACAAAGCUGAGAAUUUUUGUUUGUGUUUUAUGAAUUCUUGUUUGUGUUUUAAGUUGUUUGUGUGGUUGUGACAGUGUGUAUUUAUAUGUGUUAUGAGAGUAUGAAGCAUCAGCUUGCCUCAGCACUUUGACUCCAUGUUGCCCCUCUGGAAUGUUCUUCUCUGCUGGCUCGGCAGAAACACAGGAUCCACAGUGGCUUCGGUCCACUGGUUAAUUCCUGUAAACAACCCAGAGAAUUGUUCAAUUGUUCUGAGGAGAAAUUAUUAAAACUCAUUUGGGUUCUCGGCCUGACAUUUGGAAAGGCUGGAAUAUCACUUUUAUAGCUAGUCUUUUCUAGCUGAAAAUUGAAAUAAUUUAACCAAAACAAUGUUUACUGUGUAAAACAUAGAAACUGGAGAUUCAAAUACAUGAGAGCUCUUGUAGUUUAUGGUUAUCCGUGAUAUUGUCAAGCCUAUUUUUGUAUGUAUGUCAAAGCUGCCAAAUUAAAUGCAUUUGUUUAGUUAUAUUUCCACAGUAUCCAUGUUUUCAUAUGUACAGUUGAGAGAAUCCAUUUUUGAAACCUUAACAAUGUCCUGGAUACGUGCAUUAUGGCUCCUAAAAUACGGUCAGAUUUUUGUCCUAAUAAGAGAUAAACACAUUGUGAUUUCACAAAUAUAUCAAAAUAAUUAUACUUUCACAUUUCUUCAUAAAACACAUUGGUCAAAGAGCAUAACUGAGAAAAAGCAUGUGAAACCUGAUUUCUUGUAACUGAUAGAACCCUCUUAAUGUCACAGCAAUAACCUCCAGCAAAGAUUUUUUGUAGUGGAUGAUGAAACCUGAACAGUGGUUUAGAGAUAAGUCGGACAAUUCAAUGCAUAACUGUUUCACUUCUAUUGAUAUAUUCUUGGGAUGUGUUCAGGUCAUUCCACAGAAUAUCAAUAAGUUUGAGGUCAUUACUCUGACUAGGCCAUUCCAAGAUGCAAAUCUUGUAUAUAAGCCAUUCUAUUGUAGAUUUAAUUUUGUGUUUAGGUUAAUUGGCACGCGACAUGACCAAACAUUAUUAUUUUUUUGCUUCAUAUGACUGAAUGUUACACAGAAGUAAUAAUUUCGUAAAUGUUUGCAAGACAUUAAGGCCCAGACCAGUUCCGUCCACCAAACCUGAUGGUUGGGUAGAGGGAUUGGUGUUUUGGAAUGCAGUGAUUCCUUCCUCAAAACAGAACUGUGCCCUUUUGCCAAAAAGUUGUGGUUUCUGUCAUGUCUGUCCAUAGAACAUUGUUCCAUUAGUAUUGUGGGACAUGGUUUUUGGCAAAACUGAGAGGGGCAGCAAUCUUUGGGGGAAAGAGCAAUGGUUUCCUCCCUGAAAUCCUCAUAGGAAUCCUAAUUUAAUGUGUCUCCCUAUAGUGGAUUUACAGACACAGAUUCUAGAAUGUGCAAGAUGCCUGCAGAUUCUUAGCUGUUGACUUUAGGUUCUUUGUCACUUCCCUGACAGGGCCAUAUUCCACCGGUUGCAACCACAGAUAGUGAUUUUGACGGAAAUAUUUUGUUGGUAACCAUACUUUGUGGGGUUCUUAUAUGACAAGGCAGCCCUAACACACCUGAAUGUAAUUUCAUUGAUCGUAACACGUUACUUCAGUCAUCCAUUUUGGGAAGGCAUGCAGGUAAUUAGUAAUGGUUCAGGACCUUUUCUUGCAACUGUACAUGCAGAUAUGAGCUCAAAUACACUAAAUGGGAUGAAAUAUUUAAGAAAAGUAUAAUAUCAAUCAAAAUCCUUGUAAAAUCUGAGCUAUUCUUGAGAACAAGACUUAAUCAUUGCAUAUGUAAAAGAGGGAUAUAACGUAAUACAAAUAGAGAAGUGACACCAUAUAUUCUAGAUUCUUUACACAAAGUGAAACAUUUCAAUCCUUUUUGUUUUCAAUCUUGAUGAU